AGAAAUUUUCCGCCCUCCGAUUUGCGUCUGGCUCUCUUUCUCUCUUGCUCUCUCCGCAAUUUGUCCUUCCCAACCCCACCAAACAACCAAAUAGAGACAGACACAAGCAAAAAAUAAGACAACAAUAUGUCCACUCCCCCCGCCAAGCGCCAGAAAUGCGAACUCUCCCAGCGCGGCGGUCAAAAGCGCCAGGGUCGCGACCAGUAUCGCAACGCCUCAGCGGAGGACGCAGCGGCGGCCACCAAGUUGCCGCAGAAGAAAUUCUUCCGCCAGCGGGCGCACGCAAACCCGUUUUCUGAUCAUCAAUUGAAGUAUCCGCUGAGUCCCGCGCAUAUGGACUGGUCGACGCAUUUCCCUGCUUUCGUGAAUCCGGACCCCAUGCAGACGAAUCUCAGCGGAGCGCGCAAACUCGUGAAGGAUGUCGAGGUGGUGGAUAUUGGGUGUGGAUUCGGUGGGUUACUGGUUGGUCUGGCGCCAGUGUUGCCGGAUACGUUGAUGGUUGGCAUGGAAAUCCGCACCCAAGUCCUCGAAUACGUCACCAAUCGCGUAAACGCCCUGCGCUCCCAACAACUGCAAUUACAACAGAGAUCGGCCUCGAACAAUGCGACUCCCACGCCCACGCCGACGGCCGACCAAUCCACCGCUACGCCUACAGAACCCACCACCGACGAUGCCCCGACGGACCCCUCUACGCCGACAGUUACGACUGAAACUGAGCGCGCGGGACCCGUGGCCGGCGGGUACCAGAACAUCUCCGCGCUGCGCAGCAACACGAUGAAAUUUUUCCCCAACUUUUUCGGCCGCCACCAGCUCUCUAAGAUCUUCAUCUGUUUCCCCGAUCCGCACUUCAAGGCCCGCAAGCACAAGGCGCGUAUUAUUUCCGAGACGCUCAAUGCCGAGUAUGCGUAUGCGCUGCGGCCCGGUGGACUGCUGUACACGAUUACCGAUGUGGAGGAGUAUCAUCACUGGGUGUUGCGGCAUUUCCGAGACGAGGAGGUUGUGGACGAGGACGAACAAGAGGGGGGAGUGAAGGAGUUGUUUGAGCGGGUGUCGGAGGAGGAAUUGCAAAAUGACCCCUGUGUCAGGGUCAUGAGUGAGGAGACGGAGGAGAGCAAGAAAGUGACCCGGAACAAGGGCAAUAAGUAUGUUGCUGUAUUCAGGAGGAAGGAGGACCCCGAGUGGCCGGCUUAGAUGGGUUGCUCUUCCAUCAAAACUUGGAAAUAAAACAGUUAGACGUAAUAUCCAAUAGAUGUAUGAUAUCUGCAUCGUGCAAGAAAUGUGGGGAAUCAACCGACUGGGAAUAAUAGACACAUCAUGCAGAUAAACCCAAAAGAUGUGCAUUGUAAUGUAUAUGCUGCGUCUAAAACUAACGAAAUGUACAACUCCCGCUUGCCGCAUAUGCAAAUUAUAUCGAGAUAUGCCCCAGAGAUUUCGAAGGUGCAGGAAUGCCAAAAAUAUGCAAGGCAAAAGAUGCAAGAAAAAAGAACCAAAUGAAAGAAGGAAAUGAUAGAGGAACGUGCCAAAAUGCAUACGAAAUAAAGAGACCUGAUCGCCCAAGAACAUAAUCAUAUCUGUCAUAUGGGGUCAUAAUUCCUUAUGCAAAUCCCGAGGCUAAGGAGUGGCCUUCAAUCGGAUGCCUUCACAUCGCUCACAAACGGCUAGUUGGACAGGGCCGCCGAUGAUACGACCUUUGGCAGUUCGUUUGGGUUCGCCUUCGCGGACGAAGUAUCUUCCAUCAGUGCCCAGUCCGCUACCACAUUCAUGGCAGUUGAAACACUCGUCAUGCCACUGCCCACCGACUGCUGUGAUGACAACAUCGUCGAGGACUGGUUUCUUGCAGCCAAGACACCGAGGAGCAGUACGGCGCGAAUGGCAUUGUAAACACCAGGCAAAACCAUCUUUCUCUACAAACGGGGUGUCUUGGUCAAAAGGCUGUACACAUUGAUUAGCAACCAUAUUGGUGGAGUUCACAGGGGCCAGGGAGUAAAGCACAUCACCACAUUCGGCGCAGAAGA